AGGACGUGGUGGAGAAAGAGGACGUGGUGAAGGAGGAGGACGUGGUGGAGAAAGAGGACAUGGUGAAAGAGGAGGACGUGGUGGAAGAGGAGGAGGAGGUGGUGAAGGAGGUGGAGGUGGAGAACGACGGCGACAAGGAAGGGGAAGAGCAAGGGCACGAAGACAGUCAGUCUCGGAUGAAAUUCGAGCCACUUUAGUUGACCAUGUCCUUGUCCAUGGGAUGACUAUGAGGGAGGCUGGGCAACGAGUACAACCAAAUUUGAGUCGCUUCACUGUUGCCUCCAUCAUCAGAACCUUCAGGGAGGAAAACAGGACACAGAGACGACCACCUGGUGGAGGCAGGUUAAGGCUUUUGUCGGAGGAGCAAGAGAGGGAACUUGUAAACAUGGUAAUUGCAAAUAAUGUAAUCCGCCUGCAAGAGAUUCAAAGGAGAGUGAUUGAGGAUGAUCAUCUUUUUCGAGGCAUAAAUGCCAUCAGCCUCUCCACAAUUGACCGCAUCCUCCGAAAGAAUCAAUUCCGGAUGAAACAGGCAUACCGAGUCCCUUUCGAACGAAACUCUGACAGAGUGAAAAACCAACGUGUGGAAUAUGUUCAGAGAAUCUUUGAGAUUGAAGGACGGCCUGUUCCCCAUGAAAUGAUCUUUGUGGAUGAGGCAGGUUUUAACCUGACCAAAAGAAGGAAAAGGGGGAGGAACAUAAUUGGCCAUCGGGCUAUUGUAAAUGUCACUAUACAACAUAUGUUCCAGCUGGACUACAGGGAACCAGCACAGCCAGAGCAGCCUCACUACGUUGUUGUGUGGGAUAACGUCAGCUUCCAUCGCGCUGCUCUGGCCAUGGAAGAGGCCUGCCUAGAGAUAUCAGUAGAUGCAUGCCAGGGGUGGAUCAGGCAUGCAAGAGGAUUUUACCCCCGCUGCCUGGCUGGGGCCAAUAUAGCCUGUGAUGUGGAUGAGAUUCUCUGGCCUGACCCAGACCAAAGACAAGAUGCUGUGGUGGGAUAA